AUGCCUUACAACACCACAGCUAUUCCUCCUCGUAAGGAGCCUACAGGACAAAACCAACUUCCGCUCUCAAGAGUCAAGAAGAUUAUCGCACAAGAUCCAGAGAUCAGCCUCUGCUCCAACAAUGCGGCUUUUGUGAUCACGCUCGCUGCUGAGAUGUUCGUCCAGCAUCUAGCAGAGGAAUCACACACCCAAGCCAAGCUAGACCGCAAGCCCCGUCGAAACAUCCAAUACAAGGAUGUUGCCUCCGCUGUCGCACACCACGACAACCUCGAGUUUCUCGAAGACGUUGUGCCAAAGACGGUGCCUUACAAGCAUAUCAAAGCCGCUGCCAAGGCAACACAAGCACGUCUUCAAGGGGAGAACAGUAGCAACCAGACUAUCAACUUUCCUGUGGCGAACGGCGCUAAGAAGCCUCACGUCAACGGCAGCUCAAUGGGUGCCUCUGCACAACUCAAUGGCGGCCAGAACGAUCCCAGUACACAAUUGGAGCUGGAGUGA